AUGCAAGCGAGUACAUCCCACCUUUACCUCCUAUUCGUAGAACUAUUCCUGGGAGACCUGCAACUAAAAGGAAAACGGAUUCAACCAAGACCUGUUCAAGGUACAGAAGCAGUAAAUGAGGGUGGAGACAAUGAUGUAAUGAAUGAGGGUGGAGAAGCAGUCGAUAAGAGUGGAGACAAUGUCAAUGUUAGUGAGGUGCAUGUGAAACAAGAUUGUGAUGAGGUGGAACUCACUCCUUUACUAAUUGAUGCAUCAGGAAUUGGAGAACCUAGUGAGGUGCAUGUGCAACAACAGGAGGCUGUGGAAAGACCAAUUUCAACCCUUUUGAAGAAAAUCAAAAGGAAUAAAUCCGAAAGGAUUAUCAAGUUGAAGCUGGGCAAGAUAUUUGGUGAUGAAGAUGCACCUGGGAAUUCAAUAUAUAAAGCUCUUAGUAUAUAUUAA